AUGGCACCAGCAAAAAUAUUCACGAAGACAACUACCACAAAGGUGUCCUCUAUCCUCGAUCUACCCGUUGACAACCGUAACGACCUGUCCCUCACCCGUCUCAACCAACUGCUUUACAUACCCGAAACUGGUAUAUGGGCCCCCGGAAAGAAAGCCACUCCGAUAUUCGACUUUUCUUCGCGAUUUAACCGAUCAGUCAACAGCUGGUUUACCGCUGAUUAUGUCGGGUUUAACGAGGAUGUCAUGACGCAGGCGAAAAAGACAGCCGCGGCGGUUAUUUCCUCUGACGAUGUCUCAUCACCAUCCCCGGACCCAUCGAUUAUUUUCAAACUAUCGAGAACUCAUUGGUACAAUGACUCGAAACUCAUUGUUACCAAGCCUGGUCACGUACACCGGACCGAAGAUGACGAAGUCGACGCGCCGAUAGCCGGUAACGAAGGUAGGAAUGAUACCGGUAGUGGCAGCAGUGGAUCGCCAAUCCUGGCAGAGUACUCCUCACCUCUGCUUGCGUACGGCGUAACGCAUAUCUCGUUUCCAGAAGAUUCGCUACAUUCAGCUCAUGCAAUUAAGAUACGUCCACUAAAUGCAACUCGGCGUAGCCAGAGUUUCGUGCAGGACUCCGUUACCUAUGCGUGGGACAUGAAUAAGAAGCUCUUUCCUGGUGGCGGAGGCGUUCUGAGUUUGUAUAAAGGGAUUGGUGCGACUAAGAAAGUUGAAAUUGGUAGGUAUCAAAGCGACAAUGGCAAAUUUGUACCAGGUGGGAUGCUCGUCAUUGACUCUGACGAGGUGGACGUGCUGGUAGCGGUUUUGACACUUCUGGCUGUGUUGGGACAGAGAGAUAGUUUUUCCUUUCCCACUGGGACACAUGUUCCUUGA